UACGCCCCCAUCUGCUGCACCAGCUUUUGGGAAACCUCGUGAAAUUACUCAGCUUGAUUGAUCUUAAUUGGGUAAACUACAAUCCUAAGUCCAGUGAAAAUGGGUGGGACAGUUUACUUUUACAACACAGCUGAUAAAAAGGCCUUAGUAUGGAAGUCCCCGCGUUUUAAAUCAUUUCCCAGUCUCAAAUAUCUAUCUAUAAAACAAUAUUAUGCUCUGUUGCUUGGUGGUACAUGUAUCGUGUUAGUGUAUCUAGUAUAAUGUGACAGCCAGGAUAAUCACAUUCACGA